GUUGUGAAAUAUCAUUAAUCAGUGUUUUGUUUGCCUAUUAAAGUGCAGCUAAUUAUGGAUUCAAUGCAAACACAGACUUCUUCGAGUGGUAACCCGAUUAUCAUCGCCUCAUGAAGAGGUCGUUUGAGGCCAUGACGGCCACCACUACAGCCGUCAACGAUCGGGGUCUGCGACGGGUCGGCCAAUACGUGUUGGGUAUGCGUUUAGGCAACAGUCCGGUGCGCUCUAUCGUCCAAUGCCUGGCCCGACGUAUAGCCGAUCCCCAGACGGACCGCUUCUUCGCCGUGAAGAUCCUAACUCUGGAGGACUCGUACGGCGAGUCGCAGGACGACAGACAGGGAAAGAUGUUAUUACACACGGAGUACUCCCUACUAUCGCUCCUACACGACAUGCCCGGAGUCAUCCACCACUGGGGCCUCUUCAAG